AUGAGCGACGGCGACGGUGACAGCGAGAACACGAGACAAGUUGGCGCUGGGACCGGUUCCCAGGGGAACGAGCCGCUUUUGGGUCAGUCCUCGGCGAGUCUAGUGGCGACGGUCGGCGGGUCCAGCACGCGGAAGUACCUGAACGAGGAAGUGACGCCCGCGUUGCUCCGUGGGAUGCGGCUCAUUGCUGUCGAGCAACCAGAGAAUCCACUUAAGCGGUUAGGCGAGUACCUCAUUGAGCAGAGCGGUUCCAAGUAA